AUGGAACCAUAUCAAAAAUUUCCAAAAAUUCCUGAAAAUUAUGUUCAUUAUCCAUUAAGAUUUUAUGGAAACAUUACGCAGAGUUUCCCAAAUUCUGGAGCACCAGCUGGGCCAGAGAAUAGGUUUCCUAGACAACAGAAUGUUCUGAGAGGAGCUCCAAGGAAUAUUACUGAUAAUGAUAAACUAACCAAUAAUUUUUUGAAUUCCGUCCAACAAUUUGAGUCUAUGAAAAAUGAAUUUCGAUCCAGGCAUCUACAUCAACAAGCAAACUCUCAAAGACAAGAAAAUUUACCAAACUUUCAUCAGAAUAGACAAAACUACAGAUCAUGUUUAAAUCAGAGAUUGUACAAUCCACUGACAGGAAAUUUUGAGUCAACAAGUUCAAAUAAUAUUCCAAGAAAUACUAAUAUCCAUCCAAAUUUACGAUUUCGGAUGCCAAAUCCAGCAUUUAUGAGUCACCAAAUGCAACAGAGGUUCAAUCUGCCACCCUGCCCUGCUGACUUAAUACCACCUCUUCUACCUCCCCCUGUGCCACCCAUGUUGCCUCCCCCUUUGCCACCCUUGCCACAAUUUCAAGGACAAGGUCAAAAGUUUUUGACCAACAGCAACUAUAGGGACAAGGGCAGAAUUCCUUUACUGAAUAGACCAAUUGGACAGGAUAACGUACCUCAAAUGACUUCUUCAUUUCUUGAUAAUGAUACAAAUCGUCAAGAUCCAUAUUCAAUGCCAAAACAGAGUUACUCAAAAGGAUGCUCUGAUAAUUCAUUCAGGAACAAACCAUCCAUGAAUAAAAACCAUCUUCAGGAAGACAUUGACAGUGUUCAAAGUGGUCCUUCAGUCCAGUGCAUCAUAUCUGUAAACUCUUCAUCCAUUGGCUAUUCAGAUGACCCCAAUUUCAUCCAAUCAUACAAGCCCUAUGAAUGUCCUCAAAGAUUCGCUGACCCAAGAUAUUUAACUGAUUGUGUUGAAAGAUCUCAAUAUGCCAGAAUGACAAACGCUGAUGUAACACAAAACUCUAAACUAAAAACAAAAUCACAUGAAAAAUACGAACGGCAAAUGAAAAUCAGCAUUCUGGGUAAUGGCAUGAAUUUAAGUGGCAAAAUUGACAAAUGUGAAAUGCUUACAAAAUCACAAAAUUCCAAUCUGAAUCUGUCUGACUUCAAAAUAGAAAAGUGGUCGUUUACCUCUCCGAUGAAACUGAGUGUGAAAAAAGUGCCAUCACUGGUAUCCAGAAAUAAUAUUUCAAUGGAUACAGGGAAAGAAAAUAGGCCACAAGUCGUUUUGAAGAGAUUAUGCAAAUCAACAGUGAAGAAACAUUCCAAAUAUCUGUUACUGACUUCUCCAAAUCGUGCUAGUACGCCAUCAGACGUUAAACUGCUAAAUCAAGACAAGAGAAGUAAUUCUGAAAGUAACAUUUUUGCUCAGAAAAACAAAUUACGUAAAUUUGAAUUGGCUAAAUUAGAAUCAAAGCAGUUGAAUCCAUUGUGGUUAAGCCCAAUUCUGUCAGAAAGUGAGCAAUCCAAAUUGAAGAGCCCUGGAAAUGAAUCUCUCGUGGAAUCCAGCCUGAAAAUUUCUGGACGCAGCAGACCAAUGGUCAAAUCAAGAAAGUGUAACAGGAAUCUCUUUGACACGAUUCCAAAUCAAAGAGUCCAAAGUUCACAAUCUCUAACAUCUCUUUAA